GCGCGCAUACACGCUCCUUAUCGUAAGAGCGAGGAUUAAACACUACGAGAAUUUUAUCUGAAGAAACCUGGUGUUAUCAGCAGGCACAGACAACGGCUGAGACAAAGAACUACACCCUUAAAUGGCUUGCAAAGGUGCAGUGUUGACUGUUGACUGAUCUACAUCACCCGGAUCGGCCCUUUCCAACAAUGGAUCAGUUUCUGCAAGAUGAGUUUUGACUUUCAAGAAUAGGUUAAACACUGGGACAUGUUGGCCAGAUGAAAAUUGCCCUGGGAAAGAACAGUUGAAAUGUUCUUGAGAAGAGGCUGGUGAAACAACAUUUGUCAAGGAAAAUCAAAAAGCUGAUGAAACCAUCUUAAGAGAUAAUGAAUCGCUACACCACCCUGAAGCAGCUUGGUGAUGGUACCUAUGGCAGUGUGCUGAUGGGGAGAAGCAAUGAGUCUGGAGAACUGGUGGCUAUAAAGAGGAUGAAGAGGAAGUUUUAUUCAUGGGAAGAAUGUAUGAACCUCAGAGAAGUGAAGUCACUGAAGAAGCUGAACCAUGCGAAUGUGGUGAAGCUGAAGGAGGUCAUCAGAGAGAACGAUCACCUCUACUUUGUCUUUGAGUACAUGAAGGAGAACCUCUACCAGCUUAUGAAGGAUAGAGAGAAUAAGAUGUUCUCAGAGAAUGAAAUUAGGAACAUCAUGUUUCAAGUGCUAUCUGGGUUGGCUUUUGUACAUAAGCAUGGUUUCUUUCAUCGAGACAUGAAGCCAGAGAAUCUGCUGUGCAUGGGUCCAGAACUGGUCAAAAUAGCAGACUUUGGACUGGCCAGAGAGAUUCGCUCCAAACCUCCUUACACAGAUUAUGUGUCAACCAGAUGGUAUCGAGCUCCAGAGGUCUUGCUCAGGUCAUCGACCUACAGCUCUCCGAUUGACCUGUGGGCUGUGGGCUGCAUUAUGGCUGAACUCUACACACUCAGACCUCUUUUCCCCGGGAACAGUGAAGUGGAUGAGAUCUUUAAGAUCUGCCAAGUCCUGGGCACUGUCAAAAAAAUGGAUUGGCCAGAGGGCUACCAACUAGCUUCUGCUAUGAACUUUCGCUUCCCACAGUGUGUGCCGACCCACCUAAAGACGCUGAUCCCAAAUGCUAGCAACGAGGCUAUCGCCCUGAUGAAGGACCUGCUGCAGUGGGACCCCAAAAAAAGACCCACUGCCAUACUGGCCCUGCGUUACCCGUACUUCCAGGUAGGCCAAGUACUGGGGCCUCGUCCUCAAAGCCAGGAGGUCAAGAAAGUCCAAGCUAGGUCCGUGGCCCAGAAGCAGUUCUCAGAGCCCAGGACUGAUCCCCAGCAGUUUUCCUCUGAUUCCAAAGCCUCCACACCCUCAUUGAGAAAUCAUCAGCAGCAGCUGCAGCAUCAUCAUCAGCCUUUUCAGCAGAUCCCCCUGCCCCAAGCUGAGAGUAAACCAGGAGGUGUCAGCCAUGCAAAAGCAGCAUUGCUGGGCAGCGAGAACAAUGUUGGUGGCGGUUCAAUGGGGAUACUGAAGAGCAGUCGUCGUCGCUGGGGCCAGACAGUGGCCAAGACCUCAGAUAGCUGGGAGGAAUCCGACCAUUCAGAACCCACCGCUUCCAACUCCAAGAAACCUAGCCUGGGAAACGCAGAGGAGGAGAGAAGCCCUAAGGAACACCACUCACAGCCCAAGGAGCAGAAACCUCUGUAUACCUUCAGCACAGUCACCAAGCUACCCAACAAUGUUAAGACGGGCCAGAUAGACCAAAAUCUUCCAGGAUCUGCUGCACGGCAGCACUAUCUCAGCCAGUCACGGUACUUGCCUGGGUUAAUUGGAAAAAAUCAGACUUCCUCUGGAGGUAAGGAGCUGAGUGGUAUGACGCUGCGGGAUCUGUGGGAGAACUCCUCAAACACUGUAAACAAACCACUUGCUCCUAUUGGUGGAGGAUUAUCUGUCACCAGAACUAAUGCUGCUGUGAGAGUAGAAGAGAAUACCUCUAAGUCUGUGGAUAACCCACCAGAGAAAACUGUUGUUAAAGAAAGAAUACUGGAGAAAAUUGAUCUCUCCAAAGGGAACUUUGUAAGCACCAAGUACAACCUCUCUGGUGGUUACAUCCCAUCAUUCCAAAAGAAAGAGGUGGGCUCAGUGGGGCAGAGGAUCCAGCUUGCUCCUUUGGCUGGGCAGCACACAAUCAAUCUUUCUUCUUCUCCUGAUAAUAAAAAAGACAAACCAAAAGCUGCAAAGCCCAAGCCCAUAUCCAACUCAUCUUUGAGUGAAACCAAUGAAGAUUACGAAGGCUGGAAGAGGAGGAGAGAUGGGACUCAGAUGAAGGGGAGCUACUCGGCUCUGGGGAAAGCCUCUGGGAAUCUCCUGACCAGAGCUCCCACCAUACAGCCCGUCCACGGCAGGGUGGACUGGACGUCCAAGUAUGGUGGAAAUCGGUAGUUCACUGAAAAAGGCCCAACAACUUCUGCUUGUUGGGCACGGUUCUCAUAGAUACACAACUUUGGCUGGAAAAAUUAAUCCUGAGCAGACCGCAUUUAAACUCAAAUCUGGAGGAAAUAUAUUAAUGCUGUAUUUUUCCUGAGACAAACUACAUCGACUACACAUUUAUACUGAGAAAUUUCUCAUAAUGUUUAUGCAUGUAAGACCACCUUUACAUGUGCAUGGAAUCUCUGUUUUGGAGAUUAAGGAUGCCAUGAUGCUAAACCAACUCUGUCUGCAAGACAAUCCCACUGUAUUCCUGAAGGAUGCCGUGUGAGCCAAUUCUACUGUUAGUGUUAUACUGUUUGAAUACUCUGAGUAGAAUUUAAAUGUAGCAUAGCUUCUUUUUUAAACUCUAGUUUAGUUUUAUUGUCAAAUAUUGUUUCACUACCCAUUCGCAAAACAAUAACAGCCUUUUAUCAGCUGUUCCUGCUCUGCUGCAUUCUCUCUGCUUUCUUCCACCAUAGUGUAGGUGACUGAUACAAACAUCUUCAAUGUAAUGGCUACAGGAAGGAUUACAUCAACUCUCUCUGAAUAUUGUAAAGCAACUGCAAAUAUCUUUGUGUUAU